GUGUUUAAGAUAGAAGUGCUAAUGAAUGGAAGAAAACAUUUUGUGGAAAAAAGAUACAGCGAAUUUCAUGCUUUGCACAAAAAGGCUGUCAUUUUAGAAAACGAAGAACUUCCCAAACUGUUUCUUGAUUUCCUCAACGUGCGACACUUGCCCUCUCUACCAAAGGCAGAAAGUUGCGGAUCUUUUGAUGAGACAGAAUCUGAAGAAUCGAGCAAACUGUCCCACCAGCCGGUGCUGCUGUUCUUCAGGGACCCAUACGUCUUGCCUGCAGCCAGCGAUUUUCCCAAUGUGGUUAUCGAAGGCGUUCUCCACGGGAUAUUCUACCCUCACCUGCAGCCCAGGUAGAAAUCCUGCUUGGCUGAAAGAAGCUGAAGCAAGUUUCGAAGUCGAAGUCGCCGUCAAGGAAAUCGAUACCUACCAAAUUAACCUACCCUCUAUGACAUAACGGCUCUGGCUAGUGGUGAAAUUCACAGUCCCAGCUUAAUUCAGGGCAGGGACAUUUCCAUUAGAAUGGUGCUUUUAAAAAUAGAAACUGAACCAGGGUAGUGACCAGGGGAGGGCCUGGUGGUUGAGAAGUAGAAUGUAGCUGCCAACUUCCACACCCAGGAAGGGAGGACGCGGCGGCUUCCUGCAGUGCUCGGUGUAAGUCACUGUCUGCUUCCACCGCACCAGAUCGUACCCGAGUCACACUGAGACUGGUCAGCCUGGUAGCUUUUUGGUUCGGGAAGUCCAUGACACCCUCAUCUUCUCACCGUGAGAUUUUUCUCAGCCAGGGAUGGGACAUUCUGGAGCGUGCGCCCCGGGAGUGUCACUGAAGCACGCUGUCCUCAAUGUGAGGAAGGGACUAAACUGGAAAUCAAAUGAUGUACUGACAAUAUAGUGACAUUUAAAAAUCAUGGCAUUAAUUUAUAUUGCAGUGGAGUUGCCUCAUGCCCAGGCUAGCGUCUAGGAUCUGUGUCUAAGAUGACACAGGUGGCAGGACCCUGGAAGCCCUCUAGGAAGGCGCCAUAUUGGGAAGCACACCCACCACACUCAGUCUCCUCCAGGGCCAGAAGAAAUGAACGUCUCUUCCCUCGAAGACCAAGUGAAGCUGUCGGUGUCUGGGGGGCCGCUUUGCAUAAACAGCAGGUACCCUUGAGCACUAGAAUCACACUUAGGCCUGUGAGAUGCCUGCCCUGUGAGAGGCCGAUGGGAGCUGAUGAUGUCUGAAGGGACAGCAGGUGGCCCGCCCUGGCCAGGGCUUACUCAAGGGAGGUGCUCCCUGACUGGGUGGUCCCACAAGUUUCUUGUCAGCUUCCUGCAGGUUCCUGUCCACUGGCCUGUCCCCAGCCGAUGCGAGCUAGACGCGUUCGUGACCUAACUCCGCUGUCACUCACGGACCUCGCACCGCCAACAGCGAAGGACGAGAGUGUACAUGCUGCCGCCCGUGUGUGCCACCCGGGCCUCUCAUCCCGCACUAGCGCCCAGCCAGCUGACGGCUAGUAGUUCUAAUAGGCUUCUGUGUGGGAGGAGACCUAAACGCAAAACUAACAGCUACAUCAUGGGUUUUGAUUAGGAGCUUAGUAGUCGGGUUUGAAACCACAUGCCGGAAACAAGCAAGAACUAAACAAUCAAGCGUCAUCCACCAAAAAUAACCGAGUAGUCAGGUACUGGAGAUAUUUUUUAAAUGUUUUUAUGUUAUUAGCUAUUUUGAGUUAAAUAAA